AUGGUUGUUCGUUACAGAGUGUCUUGGAAACCUGACUAUAUCAAGGUAUUUCGUCCUGCUAACCUCAAUCGCCAGCUGGUUUACUGCUUUCUUAUCACUUUGCUUGCUGCUCCCAACGUCGCCAAAAACUGUCAUGUCGGUUCUUUUCCAGAAAGCUGGCAGGAGUUAUUUGAAAAACAAUUUCAUAAUUUUUGCGGGUUACCACCAAAUGUGACACUGAAAUAUCACUGCCAACAAGAAGCUGAUGCGCAUAGGUACGUACAAAUGGGAGAGAGAGCCGAUUUUCUCGGAGAAAAUGUUUAUGCUGGCCUCGUCAGCUAUUACAAGAAGAUUAAAAAUGUUGGAAUAGUAAUAAGUCAGCAGCUAAUGAACAACUGGAAUAAAAAGGAUAAACUCUGCUAUAAAAUUAUGUACGGCCUGAAAGAUUUUGGAUGCUCAUUUGACAUCUUGUACCUAAAACGACAAGCGAUUGGUUAUAUGGGCGCUGCAUGGUUCUUCGCUUGUUCCUUCGACACAUUGCAGAAUGUGGAGACAGUAUUCCUCAACAGAACGAUAAAGUUGCAGAAAUAA